GUUAAUGAUACAGAAAGUUUCACUCGCCUGGUGUUGCAUAGUUUCGCUUUUAAAUAGUUAGACAUUUCAAUACAAUUGUAUAUCUUUUUAUUUAUUUUUAAUAUGAAAUUUUUGCUUUUUUAUUUUAGAUUGAUUUUCGUUAAAAGUUCCAAUUUUUAUGUUAUUAAUCGUGUGUUUUAUACUAUAUUUGUAUUCAUGCGUUUUCAUUAAAUUUAUUUGUUCUCAAUAGGUCAAGAGUGUAAAACUUCCAAACCAACUCUAAUGAGAGUUGUUGCAAUUUGUUUUUCUUUUAAAUGGGAAGUCCUGUAAGUAGAGUCAUUCAAGCAUGUCCAAACGUGGAAAAAAAGAGAAUUUCUCAAAAGUUCAAACCCCUGCCCAACCCCGGCAACAGAUUGUAUUCUGAUAAUCAACUAUGGGUUGAAAUACUUGGCAACUUGAACAACAUGAGGCACUCUGGUAGCAUGGUGGACUUAGUAAUUGUGAAUGGUGAACACUCAUACCCUUGUCAUUCUGUUGUUAUGUGUGCAAGAUCAAAAUACUUUCAUGACUUAGUUGAAGCUAGUGUAGCAACAACCAAUGGUACAAUUUGCUUCAAUUCUCCUGUUCAUUUAAAAGUUUGUGAAAUUAAAGAUAUUAUUGCUGUAAAGUUGUUGGAAUAUAUCUACACUGGGUGUAUUAGCAUUCCAUUUCAACAUUCAAAAGAGUUUGUGGAUGCCUCUGUGAAGUGGGGGGUGAACGACUACAUUGAAUUUCAUGAGAAAGUAAGUCUUAGUCAAUAUUAUUCCCGCCGAUCAUCAUCUGUUCUCUUCCACUCUGUCUUCUCGGAUGAGGAGCUGAGGGAUCUGAGCAUCAACAUCCAGGAGACGGACAUCAUUAUCAUGAUGAGGUUUUCUGAAUACUUCUCAGUGGCGAAGAACACGAUGCUAACUUCAAAUUUUGUUGUCAUGCCACUGUCUGGAAAAGGAGUCCACUGUCACCGUGAGGUCUUAGUGAGCUGUAGCGAUUAUUUCCGAUGCAUGCUCUCUACUUGUUCAUUCAAGGAAUCCAAACAAGACUGUGUUCAACUUCAAGAUAUAGAUCAUGCCACGCUAAGACUGAUCAUACAGUAUUUCUACACCAGCAAAGUUCACUUCACAUCUUCUAAUGCAGCACAGAUUGCAAAGGCAACUGGAUGGUUGUGUCCGUGUUUGAAUAUUUAUAAUGAAGCUUCGAAUUAUUUGAUGGCAUGUCUUAGUUGUGACAAUUGCUUUGAAAUGGAAGAGCUGGGCAGAGAUUAUGCCUUGCAUGAACUACACAGUGCAGCAAUGGAAUUCAUAUUAAACAACAUGUGGAAUUUAACCGACACCGAGCAGUUUUUAAACCUCCACGAAGAAAUAUUGAGGAUUUAUCUCAGUAGUGAUGCUUUGCAAGCUAUGCAGGAAAAACAGGUGUUUCUUGCAAUUAUAAAGUGGGGAGUUCGCCAUGGAGUCAACUCAAUGUUAAAUCUUAUCUCUGAAACUGUGAGGAUUUCAUUGAUGAAUGUGUCCGAGUUAGAAGAGUGUCUUACUCUUGUAAGCAGCCUCUCGAUCCCGGAGCGAAAACUCCUGGAAGAUAAAUUUAAAAUCUGGUUACGUAACAUCAACAUUUCACCCAUUGAAGAAAGACUCAAAUUUUCCAGACAAAGGCACAGAUCUUGUAGCACUGAAACAGUGGUUCUUAUCAGCAGCCCAAACAAUAAAUUGGAACUUCACAGUUUGUACCGAGCCAAUCAAAUUGGUGAAGAUUCUGCUCACUUUACAAUUCUGAAUGAUUCUCAAACUUUACUUAAUUCUUCAUGUUCACAAUGUUGCAGUGUGCUACCAAUGGAUAGUUCCUACAAAGGACGAGCUUGUGCUGUAUUUGACAAUAAACUUUUCCUAACGGGUGGUAUUUCCGGACGUUGUACUUUCACUACAAUCAGUGAUACAUGCAUUUAUUUGCCUAAGGAACAUAAAUGGUUGCAAGGACCAAGCUUGAAUGAUGCAAGACAUAGCCAUAAUAUGUUAGCAGUGGGAGACAGCUUAUAUGUUAUUGGUGGUCCGUUUUGUAAGCGGAAAAAAGGAAGUGGUAAAACACUUCUGAAAACAGUUGAGCGAUUAAGAAUGUCUGGAAAGAGUUGGGAAAAAGUUCCUUCUUUGCCUGCAGAUGACAAGGUCAUUAACCUUGUGAGCGCUUCUCUGGGUUCGAAAAUUUAUGUUUUCUGCUCCCACGAAAAUUCCUCUAACACAAGUGUGUAUCGUUACUCUACCAAAGAGCAGGAUUGGUUACCUCCUCUUACUUUGUUUUCACCACUGCCUUUCCCAGUGCAUUUUGUGGCAACAUAUGACGAUACAAUAUAUGCAUUUUCCAACCAAGGAACAAGGUAUAAGGUGAUACCAUUCAAUAUAAAGGCAAGCCCAAGAUGGGGUCGAUGUGUUGGCUCAGUGAAAACGGGUUGUUGUCCACCAAUGUUCCACAAUGGAAAGUUGGUGACUGUAGAAGAGGAUUAUGAUGGACUUAGUUGGUCUGUUUCAGUUCAAACUUUAAAAGAAGCUUUGUUACAGGUGCAAAAUGACGAACCAACUCUAUUCACUCAACGACCAACAUCUUUUAAUAUCCAGAUGCUACAUACUUACUUUCCAUGUUAGCAACUAAACUACUGUGAUUUAAACACAAGAAGCAUACUGAUUUGUAACUAGCUGCUUAAUUUCACAAAAUGACAUUUUUAUUGUACUAUUUCUUUACGAAAGUUGGCUUUAUUGUCAAUAGGUUAUUAACGUACAAACAAUUUUUUGGGGCUUUUAUUAUGUAUAGAAUUAAUUCCUUUGCAUACACACGUUUUUUUUUUCUGUAGUAAAAUUCUGCCUGUGCCAUAAAUUUUCUUCCAUUUACUUUUUUCUAGUUUAAUUAAAUUUCAUAUUUUGUCGUGGUACUUAUUUACCUUCAUUUGUGUAAAUGUGCUAGCUGCUUGGUGGCUUUUUCAUAUACAGCACUUGCCUUACUGUUUUAAAUAUGCGCCAUAGGUGCUUGCACUGUAUCAUGUGUUUAACAAUCAAAUGCCGUAUUUUGCCGAAUAUAGAACACACACAU